GCAACACGACGCUCACAGGUGUGCUAGUGUUUGUCGUGAAGCAGAAAGUACUUACUAUGCCAGAGUUUGAGUGUUUUUUCAUUGUAGUCUAUAGCUUUUGACGAAAUGGAAAACGAAGAUCAGAAUCUCGUCAACAAAACGCACAAAGAAAAAGGUCAGUCCCUGCUCCAAAAAUUCGACAUACCCAUAGAACAUCUCUCGUACGAGUACAUCGGUGAGUGCACGGAUUCAAAGGAGCUCGAGCGCAUCGUGCGAAUUUUACGAUCGGGUGAGGAAGGUGCAUUCCCACAACUGACCCGUUUCACCGAGGGCCGUCUGAGUACCUUGAAACCCGAAAGUCCGAUCCUAUUGAGUUGGCAACCAGUUCGUCCUCGCAGAUUCCUAGAUCCAACCGAACGUCGCGACCUCGAGGAAGAGAUCGCAAACUGGACGAAGGAGAUGCGCUUACGAGAAUGUGACCUUGCCGACGAGAGCAUCUCAGCCGCCGAAAGAGAUGAGGAGCUGCCCAGACCUGGGAUCAGGACCACAUUUGACGCUGUCGUUGCUGCUGGGGAGACGUCGCAGAAAGAUUCAAAGGUGAGCAAAAGAUUAGCCAGCUGCAAUUACGACGCAUGGGACAAGUACGACGCCGACACCGAGUUGAACCGAAUCGAACUACGAGAGGAGCAGAGAAAGAUCGAAGCCAAGAGGACCCAGGAGACGAGGAAGGCCGAGCAGGCGAGGUGUGGAAAGGAGACUGUGAUAAAGAAAUCACUGCUUACAGGAACGGAGCUGAGCGUCAUGUCAACGCGCGAGCGUGAAAAAGGCAACGAGGCAUAUCGGGCCGGUGAUUAUCUCGAAGCUCUGCAGCUCUACAGCACGAGCAUCGCCAUGGAUGGCGACUUCAACGCUUACAACAAUCGCGCCAUGACGCACAUAAAAUUGAAGAAUUACGAUAAAGCGGUGAUGGAUUGCAAUUCGGUUCUCAGCAUCGAUUUCGAGAACGUUAAGGCGCUGCUGAGACGUGGGCGAGCGUACGAGCUCCUGGACAAGAAAGCGGAGGCUUUGGAGGAUUACGAGGCCGUUUUGAGACUCGAGCCAGAGAACAAAAUUGCUCUUGCUGCCGUUGGGAAGUUGAGGAAAGACGACGACUCCAGGAGGGUGAGGUUGACGAUUGAGGAGAUUUACGAUUGAUUACUCGGUUAGACGCAGUUACAGUUUACAAGUCUAUUUACACUCGAGGAGGAAGAAAAAGAGUCGACGAAAUAAUCACGCAAUUAUUCCAGCUGGCACACAACUGACACAAUUUGUUGUACAUAUGUUUGGCUGAUUAAAUAAAUAAGUUCAAUUAGUUUUUUUUUACACGAUCAUAAAAUGUUUCGAGUUCGUUUUGUUAGAAAACGUUGUCAUAGAUAAUCUGUACAAAGUACUCUGUAGGAAGAAUGUAGCAUUUACAGAUUCAAAACAGUAGGCGGUGAUCCUUAAAACGAGGAUAGAAUAUGAACAAAUUAUAGACAGAUCACUACUGUUGCUCUCUCAAAAAGAGUCUAAAGUCAAUAUAAAAAUCAUACUUCCCCUUCUUAUGUGUAUUGCGUUUAUUGUACGUUUGCAGCAAUGAUAAUUGAAAAAUAUGAUAAAAAAUAUAUACUUACACUCAUAUCAAAGUCCAUACCUACAAUGGAAUAUUUUUUUAUUGACUUUAACAGAGCCUUUUGAGAAAUGCAUAAGAGUUAGUGCGUAGCAUUAAGAAAAUGUUCAUGAUUGUAAAAUUACACCGUUUCAUUAAGUAUAUAGGAAAACGAGAACAUGUUUCUAAAGUCUCGCGAGAAUCGGAAAAUUGUACAGCUAUAUAGAGUUUGCAACGCACUUAUUUAUUUUUACAAACUAUCUAAUACCACUCGCAUCGCGUUUGCUUCGUACACAAUUUCACGUUGGCCCUAAAUCGCUAUCGUUCGAUCCAAAUAUGUUUCACAUAUUUUAUUUACAAAUUAUAUUAGUAUAUAUAUCGUUAUAUGUAUACUGGCUUAAAACAAUAAAAAUCUAUCGCAAAGCAAAGUGUAUACCGUUAAAUAUAUCGUUAUAAGCUCGACAUUUUUUAAAUGUAUAUAUCGGUAAACUUAUUUUGGAAUAAAAUCAGUAUAACCGUU